AGGAGGGGUGGGGGGGUGUGGCGCUGACCCUCUCCCAUUCACCAAAACAACACACGUCCGUUUGGCUCGUACAUUGCUGUCGUAAAUAGCAGAGGUUGGAGGGUUUGGUCUCCUUGGUGGGUGCUCCUUCCGUCCGUCCCUCCGCAGGCUGAACACCGGGCUGCGGAUAAAAACGCGCUCCUCGCAGGGAUCCUCAUCGCAUUACGCACAUUCUAACCCUGGAUGCGACGCUACGCCGCGACAAACAUGCGAUAACCACGGCGUGUCAGCACCAUGAUCCAUGGCUGUGCUGCGUGUGUUGCUGGAGGAGAUUGAAUGUCUCUAAAAUCUCAAGGCUGUGAGCCCUGUGCAGGGUGGUGAUGAGCAGUCAGGGCAGCAGCAGGGGAAGUGGCCAGCAUGCGGACACUCCUCCCCCACGUCACGCCCCUGGACCCAAACUGCAGGUGCAACGCUCCCUCUCUCGAGACACCAUCACCAUCCACUUCUCCGCCCUGGGGAAAGAGGAAGACGAUGAAGAAGAGGAGCUUUACGGGGCGCCUGUUGAACCUGAACCUAAAUCUGAGCAGGAUGAAGCUUCGGGGGGUGAUGACCACUGUGUUGCAACGGGCUUGGAGGCAAAAGAGGAGCUGCUGUUUGAAUCCACCGCAGAGGAAGUUUCAUCCGGAGCUGCCGUGCUCCCUGUUUCAUCCUCCACCUUGUCUGUGCAGCCCUCAGACCCUCACCCACACACACCAUCUGCAGCCAUGACUAUAAUCCCUACCUCCACCCACUCCCACCUGACCUCCGCCCCUAACGCCAGCUCCUCCUGGCCCUCUGACCGACCCUUAGCCAAUCCCCCUUCCACGAGCUCCAGUUCCUCCUCCUCCUCCCCUUGUAAGUCUACAACGCUGUCAUCCUCCAAGCCUUUUCUCAGCUUGGUCAGGUCCUUGUCUAAUGAUGUAGAGUCUCGAGAAAACACAGCUGUGCCCACCACAGUUGCACCAACACAUGCACGCCACCGCCACUUAAUGAAAUCAUUUGUGAAGUCCCUCUCCACGGACACUUCAAAGACCGAAAACCAAGAAGGGCCACUUCACCACUAUCUUCAUCAUCCCCCUCAUCAGCAGCAAGUGCAACCAUCCCAGCGCCCUCCACCUCGCAACAUGCAGCUCUUCAAACAGUUUUCUCAGCCACGCUUGUGCUCUAGCCCUGUCAUUGUCAGUCAAGCGGGCGGUGACUCCAAAACAGCUCCUUCCUCGCCAAUUAUGUCCCCAGAUGGCAGGUCCUUUUUUAAGGUUCAGGAGGUGGAGGCUAAAAUAGAAGACACCAAGCGGCGGCUGUCGGAGGUGAUGUCAGACCCUCUGCAGCUUUUCAGUAAGAUCAUGGGGGAUGAGUCUGGCGUCGGAGCGGCAGGGAGCGCCACUCAUCGCGCCAAAUCUCUUUCCUCCAGUGCGUCAGAGCUGAGCGGGGUAACAGCAGUGAACGGACACGCUGAAAGUACCAACAGCUACAGCAUUAAGGAGGAGGAGGUGGCAGAAGGGGAGGAAGACGAGGAAACUCCGACGGGCAAAGGCCCCGACUCUGUGUUUUUCUCUUUCCCGUCACUUGCUCCAGCUCCACCCUCCUCCACCCUUUCCAAGUCUCCGUCUCUCACUCUGGGCCGCUGCUCUAUGUCGGCCCUGGUAGCUCGACAGGAAGACGAGGAUUUCUGUGAACUGUAUAGUGAGGAUUUUGAGAUAUGUACUGACACAGAGACCCCAGACGGGGAUUACCCAGGGUCCCGGCCGCCCCACACUGGUAGCACAGGAUUGUGUAGUGAACUUGACACAGAGGAGGAGGAUAGAGUGGUGCAGGAGGUGGAGACGGUGCCUGUAACUGGCCUCAUCUUCCUGACACAGUUGGUGUACUGGUAUUUAGUCCUUCCGGUCCCACCCUACAUGUGUGCUGUUGUACAUGGAGUAGUAGCUGGGUUCAUGCUGGCCAUCCUGGUCCUUUGGCUGUCCUCUUCUCGACAUUCCUCCUCAGGAACAGGAAGAGGCAGACGAAGGAUAGAGCACUGGAAUGUGGCCCAGUUGGAUAUUAAAGAACCGGGCAUUUUCAAGGGCUGGAUGAAUGAGAUCCACAGCUAUGACCCUGAGAUGUACCACGCCACCCUGACCCACUCUGUUUACGUCCGUCUGGAGGGCUCUGUCUUGCGCUUGUCAAAGCCCAACAGGAACAUCUCCCGCCGUGCCGCUCACAACGAGCCUAAACCUGACGUCACGUAUAUUAGCCAGAAGAUCUAUGACCUGACUGAUAGCAAGAUCUACCUGAUGCCCCAGAGUCUAGCAAGGAAGAGAGUGUGGAACAAAAAAUACCCAAUUUGCAUUGAGCUGGCCAAGCAGGAGGACUUCAUGUCUAAGGCUCAGGGAGAGAGACCCGAGUCUGGGGAGGACAAACUCACAGGGCCCAGUGAGAAAGUAGAAAAAAUUGACAAGAGUGAAAAAGUAGAAGGAACCACCGAGGAGCCCAAAAGACCAGCUUCUGGAGGAGGUGAUCUGACAAUCUACCUGUUUGGGAGGACAGGUCGGGAAAAGGAGGAGUGGUUUCGGAGAUUUCUGCUCGCAUCCCGGAUGAAAUCAGAGGGGAGAGGCAGCAGUCUGCCUGCCAUCUGUAAGAGUGCCUUCUUGCCCUCUCACAGCCGCAGUAGCAGCACCCAAUCUGGUGGAGGCCUGGAGGCUGACAGCAGGAGCAGCAGCCGGGGAAGUCUGGAUGAGCUGUCUCAGCCUCAGUCUCGCAACAGAGAGAUCCCAGCCACUCUGCCCUGUGUCGCUGCCGGGGGGACGAAACAGAAAAUGCUGCUGGACUAUAAUGUCUACAUGGCUAAAUAUGUGAACCCCCAGGCGCCUUCGAGAAGCCCAACUGGCACUGACAGCCCUGGGAACAGUCCUGAGAGCAGCCCCAAAACCACUAAAAAGAUACCCAGGAGUUCAGAUGCACCUGUGGAACCCGAGGCCUGGGUCAAUGCUUUUUUGGGAAGGAUAUUCUGGGACUUCCUUGGUGAGAAGUACUGGGCCAAUGUAGUCUCCAAAAAGAUCCAAAUGAAACUCAGUAAGAUCAGGCUGCCGUAUGUUAUGAAUGAGCUGACAUUGACAGAGCUAGACAUGGGCUUUUCCAUUCCUAAGAUCCUUCAUGCCUCCAAACCCUCUGUGGACCACCAAGGUCUGUGGUUCGAUCUGGAGGUCUCCUACACAGGGUCCUUCCUCAUGACACUAGAGACCAAGAUGAACCUGGCUCGUCUAGGAAAAGAGGGCGAGGGGCUGGGAGAGCAUGGGAAAGAAUGGCCAAGAACAUACUGUCUAGCUGACAGUGACGAGGAAUCUUCAAGUGCUGGCUCAUCAGAUGAGGAGGAUCCCCCAGAACUCCUCAGUGACAAACCCAUUCUGCCUGGAGGCGAAGGCUACGUGGGAGGCCACAGGCCCAGCAAGAUCAUGCGUUUUGUGGACAAGAUAGCCAAGUCAAAGUACUUCCAGAAAGCCACUGAGACAGAGUUUAUUAAGAAGAAGAUGGAGGAGGUGUCGAACACACCCCUGCUGCUCACUGUGGAGGUGCAGGAAUGUCGCGGGACACUGGCUGUCAACAUCCCGCCUCCCCCCACUGACAGGAUAUGGUAUGGUUUCAGGAGUCCACCUCAUCUGGAACUGAAAGCACGGCCUAAACUUGGGGAAAGGGAGGUCACCUUAGUUCAUGUAACGGACUGGAUAGAGAAGAAACUUGAUCAGGAAUUCCAGAAAAUAUUUGUGAUGCCAAACAUGGAUGACGUAUGGCUACCCAUAAUGCACUCAGCCAUGGACACCCGCUCAAAUGCCAACUUGGUUACUGUGACAAAUGAUGCCUUGAAGGACCCAGAACCGUUGGACUCUGAGGUCUCUGACAUAUGAAGACUGCUGUUCACAGUGUACACUGAUGGACAUUUUAUCACCGUGGCAAUAUGACAAGUACCCACCCACAUCAGCAACUACAGGUGCAGCAAUGGGCAGACGCGACACCCCCUUCCUUUUUAUCCUCAGUCUGAUCCCACUGCUGCACCAGUCUGUGGCCACAUAUGAAGUUCAUUCUCGAAACUACAUGUGUCGGUAAGAUCGGAAUAAUUUGUGGCCACUAAAAGCAGUAGACUCAAAGAGAAAAUUGACUCAAAGAUUGUCAUUUAAUCACACAGUUUUAUUUGUGUGACAUUAAAUGUUCUGAUUAAUUCAUUAGGGCAUGUUCAGCCUGUUUAACAAAUGUACAUGGUGAUGGAUCACCAAAUAGCCAUCAGAUUCAACCAGAACCAUAAUACCUGUGAUGUACAGCUGCACCAAACAUGAUAGUUGUACAGUGUAUACAGUACUUUUGUGUGACCUUUCUAAUUGAAUGGUUUCUUGUUCCUCUAACUUUAUGAGAACUUGAAGGCCUCUUUAUGAAAAGUAUGUCUGAGUGAGCAAAGGUUUAAGGGAUUAAUCCUAUUAUCCGCUGAAGGUUUUGCUGAAAGCCCCUGCAUCUUUUAAUAACAUUUCAAAGGGAUAGCAAAACUUCUCCUCACUGCUGCCUGUGCCAGGUGUCUGGCACCUAUAUGCAAACAGAUCAAUGGCACUGUGUCCAUCUAGGAUGCUAGGUCAGUUUAGAUCCACCCUCCUACUACUGUAGAUGGACACAGUCAUAACAUACAGCCUGUGUGCUUUAAUUGAAACAUUAUGUCAUAGGGCGUAGUGCUAAAACUGACUUCUUAGGUGUCGUAUAAAUCCAAACUUCUCUGCAAACACAGCAGCUGAACAUUGCCUAGGUCUGAUGAAUGUAUAAAUAGGAAUGCAGCUCCCUAGCUGUGCAGUGAGCAGGUCAUUCACUGAUGAUGUGCUUUUACGCAUCAAGCUUCAAGACUUCUUUUCAUGUUAUAUUCAGCGUUGAACUAAAGUAAUAACUUUUCUGUUUUAAUUGCCAAAGCAAUCUUUCAGUCCUGCUUGGAGGGUAUUGUACUGUAUGUCAUAAACAGUGACAAAUAAGCAGUUGUUUAAACUGAAGAGACUCCGGUGACUGACUUGCACAGCCAAUAUUUGGAUUUCUGUAGCUGGAAAUAAAUAAGACAGUGAUAUAAUCUGCAGGUAAAUGAUUUCUGAGGACAUCAGGAGACUGAAUCCUUUUAAAGUGUGUAACACUCCAACCUUGAGUUCAGCUCAAACAUGGGUGACAUGCCCUGUCCCAUUUUCUUUUAAUAAAUCACUGGAUAUUAGCCAUAUUAUUUAUUAUUAUUAGCAGUCAUUCAGUUGUUGAAUGCUGUGUUUUAAUAUUUAUUGAUUUGCUGUUCUUUCUGUACUGUACACAUCAAAGAGGAAUAACACCAAUCAAUGACCAUAAUAUAUUUACAGUCUGCCAAGACACCCGGCUGCUUUACAGGUUACUUUAUCUUUAAAUGUGUUACGUUUCAAUAUGUGUUGGCAAAGCGUAUGAGGCAGAAAGUGCCUUUAAAGUAAUCAAACAUUCCUCCAUAGUGAGCCACCACAUUUGUUGCAUCAGUUGAGGAUAGAGAAUUUUUUCGUGCCAUUACUGUGUUAAGACAUGCCCUUUGUUUUCACAAGUUUUGGUGUUGUUCUUUUGCACAGUGAUGAAAAUAUCAAACAUUGCUGUUGUGUUCAGUGAUGUCACAAAAUGUUAUGGUUCUGAUCGUUGUGGAUCAAUAAAACCUUUUGCUUGGAAA